GCAGAGGGGCCGCGCUCGCGCGCCGCGGCUUAGGGGAGCCGGCGGGGAGGGCGGUGCAGGCCAAUGAGUUGAAGAGUCGCCGCUCGGGCAGGAGCCGCGCCGCUGCCGCCCCGCCGAGUUCGGGCUUCGCCUGCCCUCGCUUCCCCGCUUCUCCCCUGCCCACCGACAGUCGCUUCUCCCAGGCCGCCCCCGCCAGCCUCCCUCCCUUCCUCCCUCUGUCCCUGCAGCCGUGCCUGCCCCGGAGCCGCCCGCACCAUGCCGUCCGUGCCGCUGCCGCCCAAGGAGAGCAACCUCUUCAAGCGGAUCUUGAAAUGUUAUGAACAAAAACAGUACAAAAAUGGACUCAAGUUCUGCAAGAUGAUCCUCUCUAACCCAAAAUUUGCUGAACAUGGAGAGACGCUGGCGAUGAAAGGACUGACCCUGAACUGCUUAGGGAAGAAGGAAGAAGCAUAUGAAUUUGUUCGUAAAGGACUUCGUAAUGAUGUAAAGAGUCAUGUCUGUUGGCAUGUCUAUGGUCUUCUGCAGCGUUCUGAUAAGAAAUACGAUGAAGCCAUCAAGUGUUACCGGAAUGCACUCAAGCUAGAUAAAGAUAAUCUACAGAUCUUGAGAGAUCUCUCUUUGUUGCAGAUUCAGAUGAGGGAUUUAGAAGGAUACAGAAAGGAGACAAGAUACCAGCUACUUCAGCUGCGCCCCACACAAAGGGCUUCCUGGAUUGGAUAUGCCAUUGCAUACCACUUACUAAAAGAUUAUGAUAUGGCCUUAAAACUACUUGAAGAGUUUAGGAAGACCCAACAGAUUCCUCCUAAUAAAAUAGAUUACGAAUAUAGUGAACUGAUUUUAUAUCAAAAUCAAGUGAUGAGAGAGGCAGAUCUAUUUCAGGAGUCUUUAGAACAUAUAGAGACAUAUGAAAAGCAAAUAUGUGAUAAAUUAAUAGUAGAAGAAAUCAAAGGAGAGAUGUUACUGAAGUUGGGAAGGCUGAAAGAAGCUGGUGAAGUGUACAAAGAGUUAAUUGAGCGCAAUGCAGAAAACUGGUAUUAUUAUGAAGGCUUGGAAAAGGCCCUGCAACCUAGCACUUUAGAAGAGAGGCUUCAGAUUUAUGAAGAAGUUAGUAAAAGACAUCCCAGAGCAGUUUCACCUAGAAGAUUACCUUUAAACUUUGUUUCAGGUGAAAAAUUUAGAGAACUAUUGGAUAAGUUCCUGAGGGUUAACUUCAGUAAAGGCUGCCCACCCUUGUUUACCACUUUGAAAUCUUUAUAUUACAAUCCAGAAAAGGUUUCUACAAUCCAAGAACUUGUUACUGGUUAUGAAACCUCUUUGAAAACUUGUGAUCUUUUUAGUACAUGUGAAAACGGAGAGAAAGAGCCCCCAACAACACUGCUUUGGGUUCGAUAUUUCCUGGCACAACACUUUGACAAACUUGGCCAGUGUUCUCUGGCCUUGGAUUACAUUAAUACUGCAAUUGCCAGCACUCCAACAUUAAUAGAACUCUUCUAUUUAAAGGCAAAAAUUUACAAGCAUGUAGGAAACCUCAAGGAAGCUGCCAAAUGGAUGGAUGAAGCCCAGUCUUUGGAUACUGCAGACAGAUUUAUCAAUUCUAAGUGUGCUAAAUACAUGCUGCGAGCAAAUAUGGUCAAGGAUGCAGAGGAGAUGUGCUCUAAAUUCACGAGGGAAGGAACUUCUGCUAUGGAAAACCUAAACGAGAUGCAGUGCAUGUGGUUCCAGACUGAAUGUGCUGCAGCUUAUCAAAGGCUAGGGAAGUAUGGUGAUGCCUUGAAAAAAUGCCACGAAGUGGAAAGGCAUUUUUUUGAGAUAACAGACGAUCAAUUUGACUUCCACACAUACUGCAUGAGAAAGAUGACUCUUCGUGCCUACGUAGACCUUCUGAGAUUAGAAGAUGUGCUCAGGAAACAUGCCUUCUACUUCAAAGCUGCUCGAUCAGCAAUUGAAAUCUACUUGAAGCUCCAUGAUAAUCCUCUUACCAAUGAAAGCAAAGAACAAGAAGUGAAUUCAGAAAAUCUCUCAGCCAAAGAAUUGAAGAAAAUGCUCAGUAAGCAAAGAAGAGCACAGAAGAAAGCAAAACUGGAAGAGGAAAGAAAACAUGCAGAAAGAGAGCGACAACAAAAGAAUCAAAAGAAAAAGCGAGAUGAAGAGGAGGAGGAAACUAGUGGACCCAGGGAAGAGCUAGUUCCUGAAAAACUGGAAAGGGUAGAAAAUCCAUUAGAAGAAGCCAUUAAGUUCCUUAUACCGCUUAAGAAUCUUAUUGGAGAUGAGAUAGAAACACAUUUAUUAGCAUUUGAAAUAUACUUUAGAAAAGGAAAGUUUCUGUUAAUGUUACAGUCUGUCAAAAGAGCUUUUGCUAUCGACAGUAAUAACCCAUGGCUACAUGAGUGCUUGAUUAAAUUCUCUAAAGCUGUAUCUGACCAUAGUAACCUCCCAGAAAUUGUGAGCAAGGUCCUAACUCAAGAAAUGCAGAAAAUCUUUGUUAAUAAAAACUUGGAAAGUUUUAAUGAAGAAUUUCUCAAACACAAUGCUACCUCCAUUCAGCACCAACUGUCAGGUGCAAAGAUGAUGUAUUUCCUGGACAAAUCAAGACAAGAAAAAGCAAUUGCUGUUGCUACUAGGUUGGAUAAAAACAUGAGAGACAAAAAUGUGAAGACAUUAACAAAGGUUUUUGAGGCACUGCUUGAUGGGAGUUUUGGAAGCUGCCACACUCAAUGUGAAGAAUAUCAAGCAGCAUGUCAUAAACUGUUUCCUUAUACGUCUGCCUUUAUGCCUGCCACAAAUGAGGACGAUAGCAGCAUUGCAUCUGUGAAUCAUACAGCCAUUAACCAUGACUUGCUGUCUAAUGAAAUUUGAAGUAAUGUGUGCGAGCCAGUGUGUGUGUGUAUACCUACAUGCACACAUGUAUACAGAACUCUGACUCUCAUUACAUGCUGGCUGGGUACAGAUCAGGGUUACUUUUCCAGGUUGUAUUUUAAAAACUUUAACAGGUAUAAAACAAAAUAUUUGGAUAGUUAAAUGAAAUGGAGUAUGCUAUUAGUUAUUUUUUUUUCUCCCAACAAAAACUGCCAAUAUUUAUGUAAACAUUAUCCUUAAUCAGCAUUUUUCAUGUUUAUACUUGUACAGUUUUAAGUCUUUUAAUAAUCCAUCAGCCUUCCCUCACAAAAAUAUGGAUGUUAAAGACUGCUUUCACAUAAGUGUUGUUACAUAUACAGACAAAUGUGAUCAUAUCUUGUUAAUAAAGUAUCAUUUGAGCGUUUUUAGCAGAUUAAGACUGAAGUGCUGCUUGAAUUGCCCUCUUUGUCUUUUACUGUUCUUUAGGGUUUUCUCUGUUGUGGUUUUUUUGCCCCCCUUUUUUUUUUUCCUUUUUCAUCUUUGGUCAGUUUGGUUUCUUUUGAAGCACGGUGAUAAUGAAAGCAUUGAGGGUUUGCAUGUUUUUGUCAGGUGUGUGUCUUAUAUGGAACCAGUGUUGAUGGAUAUGGAGAUUGUGUAAAAAAAAAAAAAAAAAAAAAAAAAAAAAAAAAAAAAACAAAAAAAAACCAAAACCAACCUGAACAACAAAAAACCCAAACUAUGGCUUUUUGAAAACUAUUCUGUCUACCUUGUGUUCCAUAAGUAUUGUUUUCUUAAGUUUAUGGUCAGUUUAAUAUUUUUGAGUCUCCUUAAGCAAUUCCCUGAGAAAACAUAAUUUGAUGCUGUUGUUUGUCCUUUGUUCCAUCUUCCCCUUGCUCCUCUUCCUUCUGGUUUCUCCCCAUCUGUUCACCUAUUGACACUUAAGUUGAAAAAGCUGCUCCAAUGUUGGGCAAACGCAGAAGGUACAGUAAUGGGGAAUACAGUUCUUCCCUACAUCAUAAAAUUCACUGGUAAGUUUACUGUAUUACCUCCAUUAAAAGUCUUAGUUGUCCAUUUACAGCCAAUACUCCAGUACUUCUCAUGCCUAAAUACUAUUGGUUUAGGUGCUGUGAAGCAAAUAGUACGUGAGGAGUAUGUUUUACAUUUAAAAACAGUUAAAGGGAGCACAAAGAGGCUGACUACAAAUCAUAACAAACCUUUUUCUUACUUUGUAUUCUGGUGCAUUAACUAUUAAAUAUACAACACAUCAAAAUGGAAGUCUGACUCUUAAUAUACCUAUUUAAAGCAUAGUAUUGCUGGACAAAACGGCUAUGUACGACAGCUUUACAUUCUAUAAAAACUGCUAUCAAACAUAACUAUACUGUGGCUUGUACAGAAAAUCGGUUUUCUGGAAACUGUAAUGGAAUCAUUCAAUCUUGGUUUGUUUUUAUUUCACUGCAAUGUAAAUAGUUUCAGUAAUAUUAACUAGCCCCUCAAAGGCAAAUAUAAGUUCAUGAAGAGGGGAUUUUAUUAAGACAAAUAAACUGUUCUAAUUAAAAUUCUCCUUUGUGUGUCAUCUGUUUAGAUUAAAAAUUGUUGAAUGGAAAAUUCACUGUAAAAUAUUGCCAACAUAUGUUAUGCUGUAAUAAAUUAUUUUGUACACA